AUGGAACCCAUUGCCGAAGAUCAUUCCAUGGAAAAAAGCGAGACAUCGGAGGUGGAUUCUAUCUACCCACUUCCUCAGAUAAACUACCUUAAGUUUAACACAUCAAUUAUUAAAGGUGAACAUCUCGAUCUUCCAAAUCCUUAUUACAGGCAGCAACUAGAGGCGGAGAGAGAAUUAAAUGACUACACGCAUCUUUCUGAAAAUACGGUUAGAAGAAUAAUUGAUAAAUAUGGGUCAUUCAACAGACUUUCAGAAGAAAAAAUACAAAAUAUUUUAGAUGGUAACGCACAAGUAGGGACACAGCUCAAUAGGGGUGAUGGGUUGAUGGACGAUGGUAGUAAAUUUGAGGACUUUAACGCUUUCAAUGAUAUAUCAGAAGACGUAAAAAACGAUCAGAGUUUGAUUGACGUUAAUGUUAGGCGAGAAGAACUGCUAAAUAACGUUCGAACUGCACUAGGAUCAUCAACACUAGCGUUAGACUUUGUUUCCCUGCUUCUCUCUGGAGCGAAGCCGAAUGCUGGUUUGUCUUCCUUAAGUGAUCACAUCAAACAGAAUCUCAAGGCUGGUUCACUAUCAGCUGACAAAGUUUCUUUGGAUGUUGCAGAUCCCCAAGAACACGAACAACAGAAGGAAUCAGAGUCUAUGAAAAUCGGAAGCGGGUGGAAGCUUGAGAGUCUGAAAAAGUCCAGUGAACUCUUGAAGGAAACUGUAAAGAAUCUAAACAAGUCUUUAGACGAGAGGCACACAUAUUGGAAUGAAGUUUUAGAGGUGCUAGAGGCAAACGAAGUGAUUACAGCAGUCACAACACAAGUGGCAGUCGAACCUGGGAGAUCUUCGAGCAGUCUUCCUUUGAGCUCAUCAUUGAAAACUAACCAAAAUGGUGAAGUAAAGCAAAAGAAGGUUCUAGCUGUGAAAUAUGGCUAUGGCGAUUCCGGCAGUGAGUAUUUUGAUAAAGGCAUUGCAAUUUUAAAACAAGGUGAAGAAGGUCACUUGGAAUUUGAAAAAUUGAAUCAAAAUGAAAGAGAGAAAACAUGGGGUGGUGAGAAGAUAGUGAGCGUCAAGUUAUUUAGAUACGCCCAAGCACCUAAUGAGCAACCAGAGCUAGUUGGCCAAUCCGAUUCGUACGGUACGAUAGAAAGGGAAGUUAUUAAAAACAGUAAUUCGUUUGUCAGUAAAAUUAAGAACUCAAGAUUCUUUAUUUUUGAGAAUGAACUAUUUUGGCAAUUGAUGAAGGAAGCCGCAGGUUUGGUCACUUUCAGGAUCCAUGUCAUUGGUUCAUCACGUAUUCAAAUCGAACUUUAUGAUACGAUUAUUCAGAUCGAUUCUUUGGAUAUUGAUUCCGAGGAACUGCAGAAACCCACACCAAAAUUGUCGCAAAACCAAAGAGCAGAUAAUAUGGUUAAGCUUUUCAGAAUACUACUAUGUGCAAACAACUAUAAAAAUGUUCAGAAGUUAUUCACUCCUCGGGUGGCAUUGAAUAAAGACCAGAACGUUAUGAAAAGUAGACAUGGCUUUUUACUCCGUCCGCUAUUAAUGUAUACCAAACACAAUCAUACAAUCCAUAAACUUGAAAAAUUGCUAUUUGACUUAUUGCUGGAAAUAGGAAUGGAUGAAGUUGAUGCUAAGGCAACAUUUACCAACAAUAUGACCAUCAAAAAAUAUGUAAACGAUCCUAACCAAUUACAACAAUUUCAGAACUCCAAGAGAUGCUAUAAUAAUGAUCCCUUUUUAAGGGUGAGUUCAAAACUAGCACCAAUAAGUAUGCUUAUCUUGAAGGUGAGAGGUUUGCUAAUUUGCAUUAAAUUGGAGUCAAGUUACACCACAUUACAUAUAACUAUGAACGUUAAGGUAACAAAGGUUGAAGAUAAGCAAAUUUUAUUAGAGUCUACAUUUAACUCAAAGAGGGACACGAUUAAGUGUCUAUCUUGGAUUCUUCAGCAGUCAGGCAUCUAG